GCGCAUCUCCCCCGCGCGCCAAAGCAAUAUGGCCGUCGGCAACCGCACGUUUCACGAUUGACUACUCGUGGAUCUCCGCACGAUACGGGCCAGCGUUGAUCGUGGAGUCAGAUUCUACUCGCUCGAACCGUGUGGCAGACGAGUAGAGCCGGUGGAAGGUCGGGCGCAACCAGGCGAGACGAGAGCGAGGAAGCGACGCGCGCAAAGUCCACGUUUCGGCGCGCCCUAACCUCACCGAGUGGGCGGCGAUUGUCAAGUCGUCCGUCGACUACCGACCGCGGCUAGUCGAGCGCGUUGCGGGACGAAGCGGUAGGAGACGAGAAGGCGACGAGGAUCCCGAGUGCCCGCGUCUGUGUGUACGCGCCCGCGUGUCUCGUUCCGCCGCGCCGAUAACCGAUGUCCGCUGGCAUGUUCCGCACGACGACAGCGAGGCCGUUCAACCUACGCUACAUCCUCGCGUUCAACGAGCCUUACGCGCACCGUUGGAGAGAGAAUAAACUCAAAUAGUGUUUACCGCGGCUGGACACGUGCGUGCGAAUGCGAUCGGUCCGAUUAACUUAACCUCGCUUUUAUACAUAUAGAGUAAGCCUAGGCACAAUUGUAUGUACAUAUUGUACGCGCCCCUGCUGCCGUCGCUCGUUUACACCGUUAGUUCCCAAUUGUCGCUGGUAUUUCAGAGUACACGAUAGCGUAGGGGCAUAUACAUAGAUAUAGGUAUAUAGAUAUAUGUAAAUUUGUAUAUAUUCUGCAGAGCGCUUUGCAUUUUGCCUGUGUUCCGGUUGUCCCGCGCAACGAUGCGUCUCAUCAGCGUCGAGAAGCUUAGCGAGAUACAGAAUGACGCCGCGCGCAUCAGGAACAUAUGUAUCCUGGCGCACGUGGACCACGGGAAGACCACCCUGGCGGAUUCCCUCGUCGCGAGCAACGGCAUCAUAUCCGGCAAGCUGGCCGGCAAGCUCAGAUACCUGGACAGCAGGCGGGACGAGCAGGUGCGCGGCAUCACGAUGAAGUCCAGCUCCAUAACGCUGCACCACGUACACGGCGAGACGGACCACGUGAUUAACCUGAUCGACUCCCCGGGACACGUGGACUUCUCCUCCGAGGUCUCGACGGCGGUCAGACUGUCGGACGGGGCUGUCAUUCUGGUGGACGUGGUGGAGGGCGUGUGUCCGCAGACACGUAGCGCCCUGUCUAUAGCCUAUGUCGAGGGUCUGAAGCCCAUCCUGGUGCUCAACAAGGUCGACCGACUCGUCACGGAGAUGAAAUUGACGCCGUUGGACGCCUACGUGCGCCUGACGCAGGUCCUGGAGCAGGUGAACGCGAUAAUGGGCGAGCUGUUCGCGAGCGACGUGAUGGAGCGCGAGGAGCGCGAGGAGACGGUCGCGACCACGUCGGACAAGGUGAACGAGAGGGAUCUGGCCGAUUGGCAGUCCGUCCUGGAAGAGCUAGACGACUCGAAUCUGUACUUCUCGCCGGAGCAGGGAAACGUUCUUUUCACCAGCGCGAUCGACGGCUGGGGAUUCGGCAUCGUGGAAUUCGCCAAGAUCUAUUCCAACAAAUUGGGAUUCAGCGAGAAGGUCCUGCGUAAGACACUGUGGGGGGACUUUUACAUAAAUAACAAGACCAAGAGGAUUAUGAAGGGGGCCCAGGAGAAGGCUAAGAAGCCGCUUUUCGUGCAGCUCAUCCUGGACAAUAUCUGGGCGCUGUACGAGACUAUUGUGAUACGAAGGGACAAGGAUAAAUUGCCGGCUAUAGCUGAAAAGUUGAACAUAAAAUUGACGACGCGCGACUUGAGGCACUCGGAUCCGAAGGCGCAGCUGCAGGCCGUUUGCUCGCAGUGGCUUCCCCUGGCACGGAAUUGCCUCGACAUGGUGUGCGAGAACGUUCCGACCCCGCAAAAUUUAACCGACGAGAAAAUCGAGCGACUGAUAAGCGGGAACAACGACUUCUCCGCUCUGCCCGUGGAAACGCAGCGACUGAAAGGGGCGUUCCUGGCCUGCGAUCCAUCGCCGGAGGCGCCGAUCAUCGCGUUCGUCUCGAAAAUGUUUCCGGCGGAGAGGGACAUGCUGCCCGAGAACAGGCCCAAGUCCCUGACGCCGGAGGAACUGGCGCAAAGGCGCGAGAUCGUCCGACAGAAGCACGCGGAGCGGUUGGAGCAGCAGACCUGCGCCACCGUUGAGAAUCACAAGGAGGACACGCGCGACACGGUGGUCUCCAAUGACGUCCAGGACGCAAAUUGCGAGAACGAAGCCAACGAGGAUAACUUGGACGGCACCCUGGUGGCCUUCGCGAGAGUGUAUUCGGGGACUAUAAAGAUCGGGGACGAGGUAUUCGUUUUGGGGCCGAAGCACAAUCCCACCGUCGCCCUGGAACGCGAGAGGGCGGGCGAGGAGGUGGACCCGUCCCUCGUGCUCAAGGAUCUCAGGCCCGGCAGGCACAUCACGAGGGUGGUCAUAAAUAAAUUGUACAUUCUUAUGGGGAGAGAGCUCGAGAUCGUGAGCAAGGUGCCGGCGGGCAACGUUUUCGGAAUCGGCGAUCUGGAGGAGCACGUUUUGAAGACCGCGACCCUCUCGACGACGAUCGCCUGUCCCUCGUUCACGGAGCUAACGUCACUCGCGGUUCCUAUACUAAGAGUGGCCCUGGAGCCCAAGCAUCCCAACGACCUGCCGAAGCUGAUCCACGGCUUGAAGCUGCUGAACCAGGCGGACGCCUGCGCCAUCGUCCACAUGCAGGAGACCGGCGAGAUCGUCCUGAGCACCGCCGGCGAGGUCCAUCUCGAGCGAUGCCUGGAGGAUCUCAAGCUGAGAUACGCCAAGAUCGAUAUCAACGUGUCGGACCCGAUCGUGCCGUUUCGCGAGACCAUAGUGCCACCUCCGAAGCUCGACAUGGUGAACGAGGCGAUCGAGAAGAAGGCGACGGAGGUCAACCUCGAGGUCUGGACGGCGAACCGGCAGUGUCGCUUCGAGAUAGACGCGAGACCCCUUCCGGAAAACGUGACGAAAUUGUUGGAGAGGAACGCGAAUCUGAUAAAAUUGCUGGACAGCUACCGCGACAGGUACACCGAGGAGAACGGGGAGCACGAAGUCAUUUCCGACGAGGAUCAACCCAACGAGAUGUCCAUGUCUGAUAAAAAGCAGAAGGAGGCGAAGGUAUUCAAGAGCGAGUUGGAAGCGGCCUUCCUCGAGGCGGGCUGGAAGGACAAUGUGCUGGAUAAAAUAUGGUCGUUUGGCCCACGGAAAUGCGGGCCGAAUAUCCUGCUGAACGAGACUGAUUACAGGCAAAAGAAGUUCUGGGAGCAGCAAAGCACGAACGUCGACUUCCAAACAGCAUAUGAUAACAGUAUAGUCAACGGAUUUCAAUUUGCCACACUGGCCGGCCCCUUGUGCGAAGAGUCUAUGAUGGGCGUCUGUUUCGUAUUGAAGAAGUGGGAAAUCUUUCAGGCUCCGCAAAGCGAUUCCGGUGGCCAGAGCCAGGGACACUUGGGCGGUCAAUUAAUGUCGGCGUGCAAAGAGGCUUGUCGACGGAUCUUCAGCCUGCGACACCCCCGACUGAUGACGGCGAUGUACAGCUGUAGCGUUUUAGCCAACUCCGACGUUCUCGGGAGACUGUACGCUGUGUUCGGCAAGAGACAAGGCCACAUCGUAUCUACGGAAAGUGCUUACGGCUUCGGUGGACAAUUCAGGGUACUGGCCACCCUACCGGUUCUAGAGAGCUUCCAUCUCGCGAGAGAGCUGCGGACGCAAACGUCCGGAUUGGCUAGUCCGCAACUAGUUUUUAGUCAUUGGGAGGUAGUCGAACAGGAUCCUUACUGGGUGCCAUCCACGGAGGAGGAAUACCUCCAUUUCGGUGAAAAGGCGGACUGCGAUAAUCGAGCAAAGUGCUAUAUGGAUGCGGUUCGUCGAAGGAAAGGCCUCCCCGUGCACUCCCAAGUAGUCACGCAUGGCGCAAAACAACGCACUCUUUCGAAAAAGAAGUGAUGCGGAAAUUCUUGGGAAAGCGCGCGUUGCAUCCUUGUAGUAGAAGCUCAAUUAUCUCACGUCCAUUAAAUCUGUGAAAUUGUAAUACGAAUGUAAUGCGAAUGUAUAAUAUGAACAUGGAUGUUGGUUCCCUCUCGCAUUGUGUAUUACGAGAUUGAAUAUUGACUGAUCAAUGUUUAAUCUUGACGAGUAAGAUUAAAUAUUAAAACUGAAUGUCUUCUUUAUCUGACGUGACUUUAAAGCGGCUUUUCGUAUCCGUUAGAAAUAUUGUCUCCAGAUAUGUUGUUGCACAAUAACAGAUUUAUGACAUUUAUUGCAAAAGUGUUCCAUACAAACGAAAACUUAUGGAUUUAAUUGCAUUUUAUUGACAAUUGCGUAAACUAUGUAGAAAAGAAGACAUAUAACACAUAAGAAUAUAUUAUUUACAUGAAGUAAAUGUACAUAUGUAUACAUUUUUGUUAAAACGAUAUAAUGAAUGUAUCAGAAAUUUGCAAUGCA